AUGAUGGACUCCUUCCAGGAUGCGGCUGGUCCCCAAGUCGUGACCAAGGGACGCCAUACAACGCUGCUUCGCAUGGCCAUCAACGUUAUUGGCUGCUUGAUCAGCAUCCCUGCCUACUGGGCCAUCACUGUGCACUGUCACUAUCCUGUCACUCUGGAUCUUGUCUUUACAAUCCUCCUCACGGAGCUGAACCGGCUUGUGAACGAAGGCCGUAGGAUUCAGUUCUACGAGGAAGAGUCUCCGGAGCCGCUUCUUCCUCCACGAGAUGAGGGCUACGGCUCUUACAGCUCGACCCCGUAUGACGAAAAGAAUAUGAGCUUUAUGGAGUCGCAAAUUGUGCCGCAGUCGAGGUUGGACAGCAUGGCUGCUGUUGUGGGAUGGCGUGAGGAUCCUGCCCUGUUUACUAGGGCGUUGGAGAGUUACAAGAAUGCCAAGCACUGCACCUUUAUGCUGGUGGGCAUUGAUGGAGAUGACGUGGCUGAUCGUGACAUGGUUGACGUUUUUAACAUUGUAUUUCCCACUCAGUCCAAGGUGAUUCACGUCCCUCAGCCAUUGGGCGAGGUGGCAGAGCAGUUCCUCGCCAAGCAUAUUGCCAUCUGCAAGCAGAACGGCCAGCCCAUCAACAUGGAGGAGUGCCACGACAUUGCAAUGAGACACUGCUUCCAGCUUGCCCGCACCAUCAUCGAACAGGAGGGGGUCAACCUCAGCAACGUGCGCCACAUCUGCCUCCGCCAGCGGCACAUGCACAAGAAGGGCAUCAUGUUCACCACGUUUGUCUUUGCACUGGUCAUCGCCGACGUCUUGGGCAUUGAGUUCCUGUGGUCGUCGGACUCGGACACGCUGGUGCUGCCCAACUCGAUCCACAAGACGGUCGAUGCCAUUGCUCAGGACCCAACCAUUGGAGGCGCCAGCUCUGGCCUGAUUGUCCACAACGGACACGAGACUGCCGUGACGAACCUGGCGGCCACCGUCUACUGGGGCGAGCUGUAUCUGACGCGCUCCUCACCCGCCUUCACCGCGACGAGUGACUGCCAAAGCGGUCCCAGCACCGUGUUCCGCCUGGCUGCGCUGCCGGCCAUCUUGAUCCCCUGGUACCUCCAGACGCUGCUCGGCAAGCGCAUGAUCAUCAACGAGGACCGCCAUCUCACCACCAACCUUCUCAAACGCGGCUGGGGCGUCGUCUUCGCCUCCGACGUGCUCGCGGCCACGGAUACACCGACGACGCUCGCCCGCUGGCUCAAGCAGCAGGUCCGCUGGGCGCGCGCCACGCACAUCGAAUCGCUGCUGCAGCCCAAGGUCUACCUCAUCACACACCCGCUGCUCUUCUACAGCAUGAGCAAGCGCGAGCUUGGCCCACUGAUUGCGCUCAUCGCCACGAUGUGGUACUUCUUCACGGGCGAGCAGCUCAUCAUCGUCUUCAUCGCCGACCUGUUCGUGCGCGUCGUGGCCAGCGCGCUGUACAACCUGCUCCGCAACCCGCACCGCCUGGAGCGCGCGUCUCUCAAGUGGAUCAUCCCGGGCAUGUUCUUCUACCACAUCCCGCUGCCCGGCGUGCACGUCUGGAGCCUGCUGACGCUGACGGCGGACGGUUGGGGCACCAGCAUGCGCAACAACAGCGAGAUGGCCAAGAAGGACAGCGUCCGGCAGGCCUGGUGGGAGACUGGCUUCUUCGUCGGCUGGAUGGCCGUCGUUGCGGGCUGUGUGGCGAGAUGGCUGGCGACGUAUUAUGAGCUGUCGAGCGGGGAGCUGCUGUUGGCCAUGGUGGUGAGCUCUGCGGCGACGGCGGCGGUGGCGUGGAGAUUGACUAUUUACCAAAUGUCAUGA